AGUGAUCUUUGAAUGCACAGCGAGCAAAUCCCGCUCGCCGGAUGCCGCCGCCGCCGCCUCACUCUCCUCCCCUCCCGCCGCACCUCCUCCGCCACCUCGACGGCCGCGCGCUCUCCACCCCCCUCCUCGACCCGCUCAUCCGCGCGGCCUCCGCCUCCGCCUCCGCGCCGCACCACGCCUUCUCCCUCUUCCUCCUCCUGCUCCGCUCCGCGCUGCGCCCUUCCCACCUCACCUUCCCCUUCCUCGCCCGCGCCGCCGCGCGCCUCGCCACCCCGCGCCUCGCGCGCGCGGUCCACGCGCAGCCGCUCCGCAGGGGGCUCCUCCCCCACGAUCUCCACGUCUCCAACUCCCUCGUCCACAUGUACGCCGCCUGCGCGCUCCCGGGACUCGCCCGCCGCCUGUUCGACGAAAUCCCCCGCCCGAACCACGUCUCCUGGAACGCCCUCCUCGACGGCUACGCCAAGUGCCGCGACCUCCCCGCCGCGCGCCGGGUGUUCGCGCGGAUGCCCCAGCGGGACGUGGUGUCGUGGAGCGCCAUGAUCGACGGGUGCGUCAAGUGCGGGGAGCACCGGGAGGCUCUUGCGGUGUUCGAGAUGAUGGAGGCCACCGCGGCGCGCCAUGAUGGGGUCAGGGCGAACGAUGUCACCAUGGUCAGCGUGCUGGGGGCUUGCGCGCACCUGGGGGACCUUGUGCGGGGGAGGAAGAUGCAUCGGUACCUGGAGGAGCACGGGUUCCCGCUGAACAUCCGGCUUGCGACCUCCCUUGUUGACAUGUACGCGAAAUGUGGGGCAAUCGUUGAGGCGCUUGAGGUUUUCCAGGCUGUGCCGGUGGAGAAUACUGAUGUUCUGAUAUGGAACGCCGUGAUUGGCGGUCUGGCGGUGCAUGGGAUGAGCAGGGAGUCACUGCAGAUGUUCCAGAAGAUGGAGCAUGCUGGGGUUGUGCCGGAUGAGAUCACAUACCUUAGUCUGUUAAGCGCUUGUGUGCAUGGUGGUUUGGUGGACGAGGCUUGGAGCUUCUUUCGCUCGCUUGAAGCUCAGGGGCUGAGACCACAUGUCGAGCACUAUGCUUGCCUGGUAGAUGUGCUUGGUCGAGCAGGCCGCUUAGAGGAAGCAUAUGGUGUUGUUAAGAGUAUGCCAAUGAAGCCGAGUGUUUCUGUGCUUGGUGCUCUCUUGAAUGCCUGUCAUCUCCAUGGAUGGGUGGAGCUGGGGGAGGCAGUCGGCAGGCAGCUUGUCCAUUUGCAGCCAGACCACGAUGGCCGGUACAUUGGUCUGUCGAAUAUCUACGCUGUUGCUAGGCGGUGGCAAGAGGCAAAAAAAGCGAGAAAGGUGAUGGAGGAGAGAGGCGUGAAAAAGGUUCCUGGAUUUAGUGAGAUUGAUGUUGGCAGAGGGAUCUGCAGAUUCAUUGCCCAAGAUAAGACUCACCCGGGCUCAGCAGAGAUUUAUGCCUUGCUGAAACUUAUUGCAAUGGAUAUGAAAAUGAAGGAUGAUGUCACUGUUCCAGAUUAUACCUGUAUGUACUGCUAAUAAGAUGGUUGCACCUGUAGAUUUCUCUCUACAAAAAUUCAGAGAUGCAAUUUGAAUAGUGCAAGAGUAUUUGUUGCUCUCAGUUCUGGCUGCGUACACUGAAUUUAUGUUGUUUUGAGGAAGUUAACUACCAGGUAUUGCCUAGUCAUGAGCAAAUAUAGAAAGGCAGAUAAUUUGAUUUUGAAAAUAAAUCCAUGUUCAACAUGUUUGCUGAUGAAAACAGGGAUAUAGAACUAGAAGUAUGGGGGUGUGAAUUGUGAAAAAUACUCUGCUAUGUUUCCGAGCUGCCUUCUAUUAUCAUCUAAUCAAGGCAUUCAGACAACAUAAACAAUCACAAUAACUGCAUGUCUGUUGCUGUUACAACAUGUAGAAGUAUAAAGCAUCUGGAUCAGCUUUCUCCUAGAACAUUUUAACUUAUGGCUUCAACUUCAACUUAUAUGGACUAUUUGAUCGUCAGACAGGACAAAUGGAUAUUUCAAGUAUGUGGAGUUGUGGACUAUUAGCAGAAGAUGGGCCUAAACUAUAAGAACCAUACCAGAGAUCUGAUAUGUCACUCAUACAAUACAAAUAUAGUUGGAUCCUGGAUCCACUGAUUGUUUGCACGAUGCUAAGGAAAGGAAGAACUACACCCAAGGUGUUCUACCACGGAUUGUCUACCGAGCAACAUCGAAUGUUUAACCUCUGAAAUCAGUCAUAUCAUUCAAAAUGCCUGCAUUUUGCAGUUGAGAACAGGUGCCCUAAGGAACUCUAAAUGCUGGGCAAAAAAAUGAUAGGUUUUCUUGUCACGUACCGCAGUGGAGACAUGGCUGCCAUCCUGAGAUACCAGUCUAGCCAAUCCGAAGUCUGACAGCUUCGCGUUCCAGUUCUCGUC